GUGUACCCUCUGAGUUGCGCUUCUUGCAAAGCGUGGGAUUCAAUCAGCGCCUGAGCGGCCCACUUAACAAUGGCGAACAAUCUAGCUGCACGAUACUCAACUAUUGAAGAUAGGUUGAAGAGCCUUGAGCAGCACCCAGCCGUUGCACUAGCGGUGCGGCAGCAAGCAAUUCUCGGCCGCAUCGCAGCUCUUGCUCAAGCCCUGGGGCUCGACGCGGGUGCACUGCAGGCUGCAGCCACGCCCGAGGGCGCUUCUGGCGCCACCCCCGCCGCGCCCCGGCCGGCGGCUCUCAGCGUCACCCCGGACGCCAGCCCCACGCAGCAGCGGCUGGAGGCCGAGCUGAUUGGCAAGGGGUGUGUGUCGGCGGCGCGGUUCGUGCGAGUGCCAGCAGACUACUACGACCAGCCGCUGGAGUUCCGGCGGGACUGCCUGGGCGCCGCCAGCAUCGACCACCUAUGCAAGAGCAUAGUGAUGGAGAACACCAGGGCGCAUGAGAGCGUCAAGGGCUGGGACGACCCGAGACACUCCAAAUACUACUGCGUCAUUGUGCAGUACACGGCGCGGCUGCACGCCGACAAGCUCAAGGUGGCGUUGUGCGAGCUGGGCGGCCGCAAGUUCGGGCGGCAAUACUACAACAUGCGCCUGGCGCCUGAGGAGGUUAACGACGCGCUGACGGGCUACAGCCACAAUGCCGUGUCGCCCAUUGGCCUGAAGGAGAACCUGCCCAUCAUUCUCAGCUCUAAGAUCACGCAGCUGGAUCCGGAGUUCUUCUGGAUGGGCGCGGGAGAGGUGGACCUCAAGGUGGGCAUGAGCGUCAAGGAGUUCAUUGAGGCUUACCAGCCUUUCGUGAUCGACUGCACGUAUGACUAGCUUGGCGGCCCAAGCAGCGCCAAACAUGGAGGGGUUCUGUCUGCCUGGGGCAGUAAGUGCGGAACGUGUGGACCAGAGCACGAGGCGCAUUGUCGCAUGGCAGGGGAUGGCAUAGUGGACUGAGUAAUGUUGAACUUUGACCGGCGCGAUAGCGGACCGCCAGACCACAUUGUCGGUGGAGGAAGUGCAAGAAUACGGCUGGAAAGGUAGCCCCGUGAGGUAGCAGCCAUACGGUAGCGACUGCUGACAUGACUCCCUCAGGCCACAGAGAUGGCGACUGCACAUAGUGUCCGAUCAUCCGUGAACAUUGAAAGCGUGCAGCUUCUUCGCCUGCGGCACGUACACAAGGCCCUUCAGACUCUUCAGUCACUCGCAAGGCAGGAUGAGAAUGCCAACUGCGGUGGUGGCUGCGGGGCGUUCCCCGUGUAACUUCUGCUUUCC